AUGUCGUUCCACUCAGCUUCUCCCGAAGGGGGGAACCCCUCCAGCGAGAAUUCUCCGAUCGGUGUACCCCCAGUUUCCGCCACCGCCCCGCGCCCGCCCACAGAGUCCGCCAGCUCACGAAGCUGUGUAACCUGCCGCCGUCGAAAAGUCCGCUGUAACAAGCGUUCACCCUGCUCCAAUUGUGUCAAGGCGAAUAUCGAUUGUGUGUUCCCUCCGCCGGGUCGAGCCCCUCGCAGAUCCAAGCGCCCGCCCGAUGCGGAGCUUCUUUCGCGCUUGCGACGCUUGGAAGGUGUCAUUCAGCAUUUGAGUGAAAAAAAUGGUGAGGCUGGUUCGGUUUCGAGUGUAUCUCCCACACAGCCAGCUUCAUCUAGUCUUUCAUCUGCUGCUGUCACCAACACGACUGCCAAUACGUCACCACCUACAACUAUAAACCCCACAACAUUCGUUGACGCCAAACUUCAAAAUGGGGUUUGCCCGUUUGAGGAUAACGAUCCCAAGAAAAUUACGCCCAACAAAUUCGAGAAUGAGUUUGGGAGGCUGGUUAUCGAUGAGGGUCGGAGUCGAUACGUGAGCAAUCGACUGUGGGCCAGUCUUGGAGAUGAGGUGGAGGAACUUCAAGAUAUUCUCGAACAUUCCUCGUCCGAGGAGGAGGAUGUUCCAUCUCCUGAUUUCUCUCGUUCUGGCUCCGAUGGAUUUCUCUUUGGGUACUAUUCCGUCGCGCACUCGCUUCGAGAAUAUCACCCACCUCUUCCUAAGGUAUCAAAAUUUUGGGAAAUCUAUAAGGAGAACGUUGCUCCCUUGAUCACCAUUCUUCACAAACCGACUGUCAGAAACCUAUUGGUUGAAGCGGCACAGAACCCUGAAAACUUGGAUAAGAACUCGGAAGCCUUGGUGUUUUCCAUAUAUCUGUCCGCCAUUAUCAGCUCAAAGCCGGAAGACUGUUUGGCACAGCUUGGGGAAGAUCGAAAGACAGCCGUAAAAAGGUAUCGAUUUGCUGUUGAACAAGCACUGUCGAAGGCUGGGUUCCUCAACACGCAAAAUCUGAUGCUUUUACAGGCUGCAGUUCUGUUCAUGAUAUGCAUCCGCCGAGAAGAUGACUCCAAAUUUGUUUGGUCUAUGGACGCCCUCGUCCUUCGGCUGGCUCAGAGUUUAGGCCUCCACCGCGACGGAACAAAUUUCGGAUUGAAGCCAUUUGAGACGGAAAUGCGCCGUCGCCUGUGGUGGCAUAUCUGCCUGUUGGAUGUCCGGUCCUCCGAGGAUCAUGGGACUGAUCCGCUGAUUCAUGAGAGUAUGUACGACACUCGACUACCAUUGAAUAUCAACGACGAGGAUAUCUACCCAGAAAUGACAGAGGCGCCCUUGGAGCGGGAGUGCUGUACUGAUAUGACUUUCUGUCUUAUUCGCUGUGAAAUUACAAGUACUUUACGACGAGUCAACUAUGCCUGUCCUGGCAGCCGAUUCCGCAUGGGUGACACUGCUCCGACCACUGAUCGCUGUGAGCGGAUGCUCCAGCUCCUCAACAACCGGAUUGAGGAAAGGUAUAUUAAACACUGUGACAUGAAUAUUCCUCUUCACUGGGCAUCUGCAACCGUGGCACGGCUCAUUCUGGCCAAGCUGUGGCUGAUUGUUCACCACCCUAUGACUCGGAAAGAUCGCUCUACCAACGUUUCCCAAUCAAUCCGCGAGAGCUUGUUCCUCACUGCCAUCGAGGUUCUUGAGUUUGGCCGUCUCCUCGAAAUUGAUCCCAAAACAGCCAAGUGGGGAUGGCUGUUCCGAACCAACAUGCAAUGGCAUGGGGUCGCAUUCGUCCUCUCAGAAUUAUGCGUACGACCUAUCUGUCCUAUUACAGAACGAGCCUGGAAUGCCAUUCAUGCCCUUUAUUCGGAUUGGACCCUACGUGGUGCACACAAAAAGGGCAUGCUUUGGCGCCCAUUGGAUGCUUUGAUGAAACGCGCCACCGCUACUCGAGCCAAACAUCAGGCAGAGCUCCGAGAAAAGUUUGGACCAAGUCCCCAAGCCCCAUUCAACCCUGCAGAGUUUGCCACUACACACCACCAUACCCUACCGCAAAUACACAUGCCACUACCAUCGCCGUCCAUUUCCCCUGGUCAAUCAACGCAGCUCUCAAUAGCUGAUGAUCCUAGGAGUAUCAAUCUCAGCAAUGGAGCAUGGGAUGCAAUACAAAACAUUUUCCCCGACACAAACAUUUUGGCUCCGGUUACUCUUGACCCACAAAUGCCAGACCCAGUCACUUCAAAUAUCCUGCCCACCGGAGUGUCAUUCAAUUCUCCAAUAGGCAUGAGUAAUGGCUUCAUGACCCAAGAUAACAUCGCUGAACCAGCUCCUCUAAACUGGGAAGAAUGGGAUAACGUCUUGCGGGAUUUCCAGAUGGACGUCGAGAAUGACAACACGGCCGGGGGAAAUGUCUCCAGUGUCACCGGAUGGUUUGCAUAG